AUAUGCUGCCUUCCCCUGCAACGCAUCGCCGCUCUCUGUCUUUACGGCGGGGGGGAGGGGGAGGGAGCAGCGAGUGGGAGAGUGCCUCGGCGGAGGGGCAGGGAGCCAGAGAGGAAGCGUGAAAGAGGGGAGCGCCGAAAGGGUUUUCCUCGCCGUUAUUUCCUGCUGAGGAUGGGGAGUCAGAUGUAGAAAAGGCACCGGGAAGACUGCGAGAUCAGUGCUGCUGCUGGCCAGCCGUGGCGGAGGUAGGGGCUGUACCUGCAACGUACCUGUGAGCUUGGAGGACUGUGUCCAGGGGGAUGUGCAAACAAGGGGAACAGCCACGCUGAUUUUAUUGCCGUGCUUUACUGGCUCGCUCACUUCAAAGGUGCUGGUGCCACAGACACUCAAGCCCCCCGUGAAGCGGCAUUGUCUGCACCUUCUCCGUUUUUUGCCAGGAUUAGGGGCCAUUUUCUGCUCCCAGCUCCCCACCUUGAACCUGUUUGAUUCCGGCCGUCGGAUUGAGAGGUGUGGAGUGGCGUAGCACAGCUCCACCUUUUGCAUGGUGUGUGAGCGGGACUCCCUGAUCUGGCUGCCACCGCCCCUUCUGGCAUUUUCUCCCUGGCCAUACGGAUGACCGUUUUCCGGUGAGUCGGCCGGGAAACCUGCUUGCGCAUAGCUACACCUGCCGGCUUCUCCACCGGCGUCUGGCAGCCCUUGCAGGUGGUGCCGCCUUCCAUGUGCGACUCCGUGUGCCGCAGCUUUCUUUGUGCUUCUCACUUUUAUACCUUCUUGUCUUGCACUGUGGACUUACAGCUAAACGUCACACCAUGUUUUACGCGAGGACAAAAAAAAGGCAGUCUAAUUAAUGAGGUAAACAAGGGGGACGGAAAUAACAUUAGUGGAAAAGAAAAUAAAUGAAUGUCACAUCAGCAAGACAGGUUGUAGAAGAACAGUGCCUGCACCUUGUUAACUGACGGCCCUGGGGACAUGUGGCUGAUGGAUUGAGCCGCGAUAUUUUCAUUGAAAAACAAAGACGCGAGAAGGCGGGCUGUUGUCAUGAGCGGAGAACGUGGCUCGCCGCUGGCUUCUUCCGAGAUGGAGGAGAGAGAGAGAGAGAGAGAAGCGCCGAAUAGUCUGUAGAUUUAUUGCCGGUUCCAGGCAGAUUGCCAGAGUAGAAUGAGAAGGGAUAGUAGAAGGACAUCUCCGUCCAGAAGCAAGUUCCACAAGGAAGUCAGGCAAGAAUCUGCCCUCCUGCUCAUCAGAGAACCUUUCACCUCUGUGUGAGGCUUAGCUCCAUCAACUGAUUCUGCGGUGGACAGUGAAACUCUGCCUUCGUAACCUGAAGAGGUACCGCUGCCUAUCUGUUACACUCUGUCCAUUUCAUCGCUGACUGGCCAUCGCCUGAAUUUAUUGAUCGUUUUCAAGUAAUUAUAGAUACUGCCAUCCUAUCUGGCUGCAACCUAUGGUCUAUGGUCUGUCCACUGCAAGCGGACCACAUGAGCCAAUCCGGCAGUCUGCAGCGGCGCACCACCUACCUCAUCUCCCUGACCCUGGUUAAAGUCGAGUCGGUGGGAGAUGAUGGGGUGCAGCACACGAAGAGCUCUAUCCUGGGAGCGGCAGCAGGGAGCCGGGAAGGCGAGGGAUGGGAGGACUGGGAGCUGCUGGCACAGCAGAAGAAACAGGAUGAUGAAGAGGAAACAGAGUUGGAGGAAGACGAAGUUACGACUGAGCCAGGGACAGAGUGGGCUACGCCCCAGAGCCGAGACAGAUCGUACCCCAGGGUAGUUGAAGACAGGUGGUCCAUUGUGGAUGAUGGCUGCCCCAAAGCAAAGGAGAGGUCAGUGGUCCGUCCCAAAGUGCUUCCUUCCACCCCUGUGAAGGACACUGAUGAGGUAAGGACCAGAUGGACUGCAGAGGAGGGAGAGAUGGACAGAGAAGAAUCCUCAGACAGUAAGACGUCCAGAGCGGCUCCGCAAAUGAGGAAAUCUGUCGAUACCAUUGCUCCUAAGCCCUCCCCCAGAAGCAGCGUUCCCAUCCGCUCUGGUCAGCGGUCAGGGUCCCUACAGAAAGCCUCUGGUGGUACUGUGAGUCCGCGGGAGCUAUGGGAUGUGAAGGAAGGCAUCUCUAAGUCCGCAAAGAGUCUGGACCGCAAGGAGAAAGCGGAGGCCAGGUCCCCCCUCAGCCCGGUCCUAGUGCCCAGCCGAGGGUCCUGGACCGGGGAAGAGGGGAAGGCCCGAGCUCCGCACAGAAGAGCUGAAGGGGCUGAGGAUGCUGAUGCGGCUGCCACAAGGGGGAGCCCCAGGACGGAGAGGCUGAAGACCGGGUCUGCCUCACUCCCAACCCCAGUCACGCCAAUCCCUAAGCCUCCUCGUAAAGGUAAAAGUCGCACUUUGGAUAACAGCGACCUGCGCAUCCUGUCCGAAGACCUCCGGCGAGGCAAGGAGGGCCAGGCUCUGAUGGGCAUGGGACCUACUAUAGGAACCACCCCAGCAUAUGGCCAGGCACAGAGAGCCUCGGCACGUGACCGCAAGAUGUUAAAGUUCAUUAGUGGGAUUUUCACCAAGAGCACGCCCGUCCCAGCUGGCCCCAUGUACGGCUCUGUGCAGCGGGAAUCGAGCGAAGAGGAAGCGGCCUGUGCCAACAGCCAGGAAUGGACCUUGAGUCGCUCAGUUCCAGAGCUCCGACUGGGGGUUCUGGGUAGCCUGCGCAGUGGCCAUUCUGCACUGGUGAACAGAUAUAUAACUGGCAGCUACCUUCCGCUGGAGUCCCCUGAAGGUUCACCUCGACACACUGACACAUGUGCUACUGGCCUCAGUCAUGUGAUGUGUACUGUGACCCGCUCCUCUCUGACUUGUACCUUAGGGGGAAGGCACAAGAAGGAAGUGCUGGUUGAGGGGCAGAGCCAGUUGCUACUGAUCCGGGAGGAGUGCGGUCCCCCAAACGCCCAAUUCAGCGACUGGCUGGAUGCUGUCAUUCUGGUCUUCAGCCUGGAGAAUGACGCCAGCUUCCAGGAAGUAUAUAACAACUACAGCCAGCUGAACAGCCACCGCAACAUGGCAGAGGUCCCUCUGAUUGUGGUGGGGACACAGGACAAGAUCAGCAGCACCAACCCGCGGACGAUUGAGGACGCACGAGCAAGAAGACUGUGUGUGGAUGUGCGCCGCUGUGCUUACUACGAGACCUGUGCCACCUACGGGCUCAACGUGGAACGGGUCUUCACAGAGGCUGCCCAGAAGAUAGUGGCCUACAAAAAGCAGCUAGCCUCCCAGCUGGCCUGCAAAUCCUUGCCCAACUCCCCCAGUCAUUCUGGGGGCUCCACGCCAGUGUCGGGAGCCUUCCCUGGGCAGGCCAGCAAUGGAGGCCAGAGCAGUGAUUACUCGUCAUCUCUGCCCUCGACCCCUGUUGUCAGCCACAAGGAGAUUCGGGGGGGCACCGAUGGAGCUGGAAAUGCCACUCCAGGGCCCCUGCGGAAUGCCCCCCGGCGCCGGACAUCUCUCUUCACGAACCGGCGGGGUAGCGACACAGAGAAGAGAAGCGUGGACAGCAAGGGGGACGCAGCCGGUGGGAGGGCCAUGCCCAUUAAGCAGAGCGUUCUGUGGAAGCGUGGUGGAAGUUCCCUCAACAAAGAGUGGAAGAAGAAAUAUGUGACCCUGAGCAACAACGGCAUGCUGUCUUACCACUCGAGCCACAAUGAUUACAUGCAGAACGUCCAUGGGAAGGAGGUGGACCUGCUCCGAGUCACCGUGAAGGUGCCGGGCAAGCGGCCGCCCCGUGCUGUCACUUCCUGUGGACCCUCGCCCGGCCUCAACGGGAUGGUGAAAGAUACCCCAGGGCCCGAGGGUAGCACCUCUGCCGGCCUGUUGCGCGUGGAUGAGGCGGGCGGGGGUGUUGUUUCUCCACGUGGAGAGAGGGGGGUGCAACGCUGUCCGUCCUCCUUGUCCAAUAAGGCCCAGAGCGUGGAUUCUGCUGUCGAAGGCGUAAGUAGCCCCCCCACUCCGAAAGACCAUGCCCCACCUUCUCCAAUGUCUGACAGAAAGAAGCACAGGAGGAAGAAGAGCAUGACCCAGAAAGGUGACGCUACAAUAGGGCAAGCUGAGGAGGAGGAGAACUCCGACUUCAUGAUCGUGGCCAGCACGGGGCAGACGUGGCACUUCGAGGCCCAGAGCCAGGAGGAGAGAGACUCCUGGGUGCAAGCCAUUGAGAGCCAGAUUCUGGCUAGCCUGCAGUCCUGUGAGAGCAGCAAGAACAAGGCACGCAGGAGCAGCCAGAGCGAGGCGGUAGCCAUUCAGGCCAUCAGGAACGCCCGGGGGAACGGUCUGUGUGUGGACUGCAACGCCCCCAACCCUACCUGGGCCAGCCUCAACCUGGGCGCACUGAUCUGCAUCGAGUGCUCCGGGAUCCACCGCAACCUGGGGACACAUCUGUCACGCGUGCGCUCACUGGACCUGGACGACUGGCCGCGCGAGCUCACGCUGGUGCUCACGUCCAUUGGGAACCACAUGGCCAAUAGUGUGUGGGAAAGCUGCACCAAGGGUCGCCGGAAGCCCACGCCGGAGGCCAGCCGGGAGGAGAGGGAAUCAUGGAUCCGAGCCAAGUACGAGCAGAGGCUCUUCGUGGCCCCCCUGCCUGCACCGGCCCAGGACUCCCCAGCGACAAUGUACUCCAGGCUGUUGUCUGCUGUGAAGGAGAAAGACCUUCCCAAGCUGCUCCUGCUCCUCGCCCACAGUACUAAGGAGGAGAUCAACACAGUCCCGCCCAGCGAAUCCACAUCCGACCAGGGCUCCGCCCUCCACACAGCCUGUCAGCUGGGCAAUGUUGUGAUGACACAGCUGCUGGUCUGGUACGGCAGUGACGUGAUGGCGAAGGAUUCCCAGGGCCAGACUGCCCUGACGAUGGCGCAUCUAUCUAACAGCCAGGAGUGUGCUGACAUCUUGCUGCAGCAUGGCUGCCCUCCUGAGCCCCCCCUCGUUGUCCCUGUGCCUGGUCCGCCCCGCAAGAGCAGCACCGCCAGCCUGGGUCGGGCCAGUUCUAGGAGAGGGGUUUCCUAGCCCUUGCUGACUUGGGUUAUUGCAAACUAGGGUCAAAUUCACUCUCAUAAGCACAGACACAGAUACAGGCCUCUGAAGUGGAAUUGAAGCCUUCACUCAUAGUGGGGAUUUUAUAUGUCAGUGGGUUUAAAAUUCAUUUCCCCCUCAUAACUGUGUGUGUGUGUGUGUGUGUGUGUAGGAGCUACAGAUGAGACACGAGUGAGAUAAGAUGGCAAAAUCAAGUGAAAAAGAAAAACACUUGGACUCUAGUACAUUCAAUCCAUGAAGAAAUAUGUUUUUUUUACUCAUUAUUUCCUUACCAUAGAAUUAUAUUGUACAUGCCUGGGUGUGCCCCAUGACUCCACCCCUGGGUGUGCCCCAUGACUCCACCCCUGGGUGUGCCCCAUGACUCCACCCCUGGGUGUGCCCCAUGACACCUCUUCUGUGUACUCCUCACUGUGCUGCCAUCAUUUGGGCAAGAGGACUAGGUAAUAAUGUGCAGUGGACCAUGUCCCAGUGGACCUGGCAGCUCUCUGCAUUCUCACAAUCUUUCUAAAAAAAAUGGGUUUAGCCCCUAAGGCUCUGCAGCUAUGCUCCUAAGAGCAGAAUCAGGCUGAACCAGGCCUCUCUCACUUGCAACUCCUGGACACUGAACAGCCUCCUAGUGAAAGGUCACUUGAUUCUGCAGAAUGUCACCUGGAAGCUCAAGCCCAGCCUUCAGCUAAUUAGCCAUGGGGAUGGAUGUGGUUGGCUGUGUGAUAAGCACAGGAUUAUAGACUAUGCAUCUAGCCAGCAGUAAGUGUCUGGAGAUUCCUUGACCUCAUAUCACACUCUCAGUUCCUUCUUAUACUGAAUAUAAAAAAUAUAAAAGCAGAGCCUCAGCGAAUGGACAAGAUGGUCAGAACUUAAUACAGCAUCUCUCUGCUGGUGGGUUGUGGGCGACGUGUGGGUAUCGCUGAUUUGGUUCUGCUUCUAAGUCUCCACUUCAGCAAGAGACCGGGAGUUCUACUGAACCUGGACUUUGCCUGUGUCCUGCCUGGAUACAAAACUGAUGGCGUGAUGUUUCGUGGAACAUCGGAGCAACCUCUGGAGAACCUGGCUGAGAAAAUGUCUCACUGCCCGGUAGACUCUGGUGCUAUAGAUUAAAUAACAAUCCAGAUGUUCAUAUGAAGUGACAGAAAGACGGUAUGUCUGGCAAAUGGCAUAUGACAACUGUAAGAAAGAAUCUCUUUAAAAAAGCAAGAUAUCCCACAUUUUCCGAGCUUUAGAAGCCCAGUAAUAAACGUGUGACCCAGAGUCAGUGUAGAAUAGUUGUGUUCUGCAGAGCCUCUCCACUAUCCUACCCAUUCAUCAAUGGAGAAAGAUACUCAAAAAAAAUAUAGGAAGAGAAGUGAAUCAGUGUGAUCUUCACACCAUGCAGUGCUGAGAUGAGCAGCAGUGCACGAUUCCCAUAGGCUUCAUCUGUCAGUUGGUGUCAGUGGCCACGAUUUUCAGUAUUACGAUAAUUAUUAUCCAACAGCUAAAUUGUAAGUACACAGAACUGUAGACGAAUUAUAUUAAAGUCUAUUGAAGAUAAUUAGGCUACAAAUGAUAAACAAGAGAUGUAUAGCUAUAUAAUGAUAUUGUUGUUUAAAUGUUGUUAUGAUUAUUGGUAAUGUAUUUACAACAAUGUACUUGUAUGUAAUGAAAUUUGUACGGAUAUCUAGAGCUUGUUUGUAUCUGUGUAAACUGGUCUGAUUCAUUAUUCAGAAAUUUGCAUCUGAUGUAAUAGUUUUUUUUAGUGAUUUUUCAAUUUGAUAUUUUUUAUGAUGAUCACUGUUCCUUUAAAAUGUUAACAUUUCUUUUAUGACGAUUUUAGGUCUUAUCGCUGAAUAUACUGUCUGUCAAUCAUAACCUUAGUCCUCACAUUUGUUCUGAUCAAUUGCGGAGCCCCACCCCAAACACCGUGGGACAGGUCACUCCCUGCUGUGUGCCAGGGCAUCACAAGACACUCAAACAACAGUCUCAAGUUGACCUAAAUAGCAUCUUUUUGCUUUCUGGGAGGAAUCCCACCCAGACAAAACAUGUAAACCGGGUCAGGAUUCUAAACCUGAAACCACUGCAGAAUGGGAACAGCACUACUGCGCCACCUGGGGGUGAGGCGAAGGAUCAAAGCGACCACAACAGGGUCGUCCUCACAUUCCACCUUGGAUGAAACACGGUCCAGGGGCCACAGCAGACAGAAUCGGCAGCCUGCAUUCCUGACGGUAUGAGGUGGCUCAGCAGGAAAGCUCAGCUUCACAGUCAAACACUUUUAUCAGAUAUAACAUGGUGAAUUUUCAUGUGCCACCAGCAUAGAAACUCCCGUGCAGCACAUGUCUGAUGUUUGGGUCAGAUGUUAAACAGCAAAUUCUCCCGUAAACAUUUACCUGAAAGUGUUUGUAAGGGCAACAGAUUUGUCAUAUAAUCCCUCUUGUGGUUAAUGGAAUUGGUAGGCUGAGCUCUGGGAACUGGCCUCUUAAUAUUUUGGUCUUUCUGUGUUUCUGACUAACCAGUACAUAAAGAAAGUUUUCUUUUCUUUGACAUUUUUAUGUGGAACUGUAAUAACAUCAAAGGGAACAGAAUAAAGUUUAUACAAACAUA